CCUGCACAUCUCCUACUGGGGAUGUGCCCGCAACCCAGGUACAUGCCCUUGACCGGAAUCGAACCUGGGACCUUUCAGUCGGAAGGCCGACGCUCUAUCCACUGAGCCAAACCGGUUUUGGCAUGGACUGUGACAUUCUUAAAGGUAGGGGUGGGUUUUUCUCCUCCCUUGUCUUUUCUAGGACCUAGAACCCAGCGAGGGCUCAGGAAAUGCCUGCACAACACACCAAGGAUCUGGAACUCAGGUGUGUGUGUGUGUGUGGGGGGGUCUCCUCUAACCUCUGCCCUGCCCCCAGCAGCAAUGAACAGGAAGAGCCACAGGGGAGCAGGAACCUUCCGGAGGUCCCAGCUGGAAAUCAGAGGGCAGCCACCUGUGCCCUGCCACCCACAGAAACCCUGGAGGUGCCAUUCCUACUCUGCCUCUCCUUCCUUCCUUUGAGAUCCAACAGCCCACUCCCAUUUGGGAUUUGGUAGAAUAAAGGCAUAGUCUUUAUUCCAGCCCCCACCCCAACCCAACUGGCAGCUCCUAGCCUGCUGCCUUUGCCCAGACAUGGCAGAGGGGCACAGGCAGCUUGGAGAUGGAGUUGAUUUUCCCUUUGGCAGUAGAGAAGAGGGGGAGGGGAGAGCUUGCCCCCCAUUCCUCUAUCCUCCGCCCACCACCACAGAGAGGGGAGAGGGCAGGGAUACAAGUCCAGACAAGAGGCAGAGGCGGACGGGACUUCCUCAGCUUGUGGGGUCACAGUAUCAAGCCCAGGGGCUGUGUGUAAAGCCAAUCGUUCCUGCACCCACCUGGCCUGGUCCUCAUUUGAGAGUUGCAGCCCUUGAUUUCUUUGAACCAAUGCUUUCUAGACUCUUGAGGUGAAUAUUUGCACGGGGAGUGGGGGGGCUCUGCGGAGGGAGGCAACAUGGUAAGCUCUCCCUCAACUACAGAGUCUGUUCCUCUUCCUCCUGGACUCCUGCUCCUCCCUCCUUCCCACUCCCACCCAUUUAUUUGCCUUUGUGUCUCCUCUUUCCUGUUCUGUCCCUUCCCUUCUCCCCCUCCUCUUCCCUCAGCCCCCACCCUCCUCCUUCAGCUCCCCUCUCCCCCUUUUCUCCUGGCCCCCUCCUCCUCUCCCUCGGUGGGGCUGCUUUCUCCCUGACUCAGCAAGGUGCUUUAUAAGGUGCUGAGGGGGCUCAGCCAAAUCCAAACCACAUUGUCUGUGCAGACACUCUCCACAAGGAGCCGGCUGCAAACCAGGGAGAAGGACUUGAGCAGUUCCCCUCUCCCUCUCCCCUCCCCUCCAUGGCUCCCUCCCUCUGACAGGGUGGCUGCUAGGGGACCUCCUGGCUGGCCUCAGUGCCAGUCACCCACUGGGCAUCUGCCUUCUUGACCUUGGCAUGGGCAUCAAAGAUCAUUGGGCUCGCCGGCCAAGAAUGUCAUUGAAACUUCAGCGUUCAGGCUGGGGGGUGGGGGGGUUGUGGGGGAAGAGGGAGGCCCUGAGCACUUUUCCAAAGGGCCCCUCUAAGGCAGAUGCCCUAGAGCCCGUCAGAGCUGCUGCUGAUCCCCUAGAAAGUCCCCUGCCCCCAACUCCAGGCUAGCUCCCCUUUCCCAGUUCUUUUUCUUGUUUAGGAAAAAAAGAAAAGGAAAGAAGAGGGGAAAAACUCAACAACAAAGUCUGUCCCACUCCAGUGAGGGGACUCGUGGGGGAUGCUAGCUUGCCUGUGCACCGUGCUCUGGCACCUCCCUGCAGUGCCAGCCCUCAAUCGCACAGGGGACCCAGGGCCUGGUCCCUCCAUCCAGAAAACCUAUGACCUCACCCGCUACCUGGAGCACCAACUCCGCAGCUUGGCUGGGACCUAUCUGAACUACCUGGGCCCCCCUUUCAACGAGCCUGACUUCAACCCACCUCGGCUGGGGGCAGAGACUCUACCCAGGGCCACUGUCAACCUGGAAGUUUGGCGAAGCCUCAAUGACAAACUGCGGCUGACCCAGAACUACGAGGCCUAUAGCCACCUUCUGUGCCACUUGCGUGGCCUCAACCGCCAGGCUGCUGCAGCUGAGCUGCGUCGAAGCCUGGCCCACUUCUGUACCAGCCUCCAGGGCCUGCUGGGCAGCAUUGCGGGUGUCAUGGCAGCUCUGGGCUACCCGCUGCCCCAGCCUCUGCCCGGGACUGAGCCCACCUGGGCCCCUGGCCCUGCCCACAGUGACUUCCUCCAAAAGAUGGAUGACUUCUGGCUGUUGAAGGAGCUGCAGACCUGGCUUUGGCGCUCAGCUAAGGACUUCAACCGGCUCAAGAAGAAGAUGCAACCUCCAGCAGCUGCUGUCACCCUGCACCUGGGGACCCAUGGCUUCUAAUCUUUGACCUUUACCACCUCCUCUUUCCCCUCCCCUUUCCAACCCUGCUCCCACUCUGGGAGGGAGAAACCUGUGUGCCAACACUUGUUGAGCCAGGAGACAGAAGCUGUGAGCCUCUGGCCCUUCCCAGACUUGGAAGAGGGCAUGAUGCAAUAAGACCCAUCCCCUCCCUACUUCCCAAAGUGCUGCAGGUCUGGAGAAGAGGUGCAAUAGGCCCCCUCCCAUUUCUACAGGAAGUAAUGCUCAAGGGAGCCCGAAGUGGUUCGGGUCGGUGUAAAGGCUCUCACAGCCUCCUGCUUCCUGCCAACCACUUGUCAGUGCCCAACCAGCCCCUUAAGCGGCACUUGCAGGAAGCAUGCCUGUAGGGCAGGGAGGGGGCCACCGCAGCAUGUGCCUUUCUGGGGUGAAGCCCUUUGCUGCCUCACUCUCCUUGGAUGGGUGUUGCUCCCCUACCCCAAUUAACUCCAUACAUUCAAUUCAGGAAACAAGCACAGUGGCAAGUCCAAACAGGAAGAGAUGGUAUUAAAAAUGGAAGAGGUGAGGUCUGCGUUGGAGGUAAUACUGAAAGCAGAGGGGCAGGCACAGACUGGACCCUGGGGUCACCAAGGCACUUGUGGCACAGGGUGGCAACCAAAGGACCUUGUCUUGAUUUUUCUUGCCAGCAUCAUGGUGCCUCCUCUCUGCCCCCUUUUCCAGGGUAUCUGUGGGUUGCCCAGCCUGGGGAGGGCAACCAUAGCCACAGCCACAGGAUUUCCUGAAAGUUUACAUUGCAGUAGCAUUUCGGGGUGUAUGGGGCAGCUCCCCCAGGCCCUGCACCCCAGCCCCAACCACUCAUGACUCUGUUUGUUGUAUUAAUAUUUAUUUAUUUGGAGAUGUUAUUUAUUAGAUUAUAUUUAUUGCAAAUUUUCUAUUCUUGUAUUAACAAAUAAAAUGCUUGCCCCA